CACAAUUUCUCACGUACGAGAGCAUAACCUGAAAGUGCAAACGUAGCGCCUCGCAAAAUCAUCCAAAGUUGAAAUCACUGCGAACAAUCUCCGAGUCUUUCGCUAAAUACUACAUUCCAAAUACAAUGUCAGACGAUGACGACUACAUGUCCGAUAAGUUUCUACAAGACUCGGAUAAACGUGUCUCGUCGAGUCUUAUAUACAAACAUUCUGACAGAAGAGAAUUUGCAUUGAUGAAGAAAAGGGCUGAACUCGAGUCUAGGCUGAAAGAACAAAACAAGUCGAUACGAAUAGUCGAAGCGGAAAAAAGGGAGGAAGGCUUGUCAUGUGCCAUUAGUAACGCAAAUAAAGGUUUUGAGAUGCUAAUGAAGAUGGGAUACAAACCUGGUCAAGGAAUAGGCAAGACUCAAUCGGGAAUGACUGAACCGAUUCCUGUACAAGUGAAAGCGGAUAGACAAGGCCUGGGCAAAACGCUAAAGAAAAAGGAUUCGUACAAGCAUGGGAACGCAAACGCCAAAUUGGAUAAUAUGGACACCCGAGAUUUCCGUAGCAGGCUAGCUCAAGGAAAGGCGGAACAGCUGCAAAAAACUGAUUUAUACAAAAGUCAGAAGGUGUGCCAAGAACUAGAUGCUAAAGAAAAUAUUGAGAAACCUGAAGAACCGUGGUUUUGGCUAGAGAGCAGGGAAGAGAAACAAGUUGACGACACAGACGACGACGACGACGACGACGACGACGACGACGAGGAUGACAAGGACGAAGAAACAUUGAGCAAUGUAGAAAAACUCGAUAUUCUUACUAGAUAUUUAAGAAAGAAAUACUGUUACUGUAUCUGGUGUGGAACAAAGUUCGACGACGAAGACGAUUUAAGAGAUAACUGUCCGGGAAGUACAAGAAACGACCACUAAACAUGAUACAUAAUAUUAUAUCGAUAACAUUAUCUUUGCACUAUAUUAGAAUCAAUAAAUUUUGUAUGCCAC